AUGUCGAACUCCGCUGACCAGACCGCCGACAAUGGUCAGUAUCUUCCGGUACGGCAACCGACAGACGACAGAAAGCCUAUUAAACCGAAUCCACCACGAUUCGUGCCCAGCGCUGAUCCGGACUCGAUAGUCGUACCUGGGCUCGAUACAACAGCACCGGUGAACGACCAGAUUGAUUAUAUCGAGCAGUUGAUCACCGUCAAACUGCAGAAUGUGGACGAGAACAUCGCGAAAGUUCAUCAUCUCCUUACUACAAGGAUGUUGCCUGCUUUCAAGAAGUAUGCCGUAGGUACGGAGCCCGUACGAGAAGCAGCAAAGUUCUGGGUCAACUUCUUUGAGAAAGCCGCUCGUGUACGACUGCCUAUUUACGACGAGAUCUCCACCGCUCAAGAGCACACAGAGCGUGAAGAGCAGGAAACGGAGCAUACACAGACGGAGACUGACGAGCAUCCCCACUCUGAAGCAGAUGUCACAGCGCAACCAGGUUCAUUCGAUCCCGAUCGCACUCCCUCAGAGAGCUCCUUUAUGCCAGGUCAAGGCGCCGUCUCAUCCACUCCUGCUGCGUUCUCGCGACACCGAUCCGACGCAAGGCAGGAGAGUUUCGCGAGCCAAGGAUCCGACGACGCCCCGUGGGCACGCUCGCUCGAAUCCCCUCUUGUCCGCCUGGACAGGGAGAUACAGAGCCUCUCGCUCGAAGAGCACGCGCCACCUCCCUCGCUAGCAUCCGAUGCGCCUUCCGUGUAUCUCGACCCCAGCGUCGGCCACGAGCGCAGCUACACUGCAAGACAAGAUAAGGGUAAAUCCCGCGAGAUUCCUGAGCCGCUGCUGCACAACGUCCUCCGAUCUAAAUUAAUGAAGAACGAAGUGCAAUCGGCGCAUCCGCCACCUGGGCGCGCAGGCCAGACGUCGCCGCUCAAGUUCCGCCGCAGGCCCGCUACGCCCAAGGCCCUGAAUCCGUUCCUGCCCCCAGAGACCAAGCCCGAGGAAUGGAACGGCAUGGUCGAUCUCAGGAAGACCCCGCUGGUUUCGCCUCGGCGGGGGGGUCAUAUUUCUUCUUACACCUCGGCUGGUCCUUCAGCAGCACCCAAGACGCCCGAAGAACAGGACGACGACGAGGACCUCUACCCGCCAGGCAUGUCACCUCUGACCACUAUCCAGCUGCCCACCCUCGCAAGGCCCUCCUUCGCCCCGGCCUUGGGCCGGUCCCCAAGCAAAGAAGCCGCCAGAAGGAUCGGGCGCGAUCUUAUCAGCGACGCGCAGAGACGCGGUGGGAAGGGCACAGUGGAGACCAGCCUGAGCUCGAUGCCCACCCCGCCAUCUCUUCAGCGGUACACGCGCGAUGCUUACGAGCCGCGGCGUGUUCCCGGGACCGACGUCAGCUCGAGCGGCGUGGACACGAGCCUCGAAAGUCUGAUGAGACGCGUGGGCCUCAACGUCCAGGGUUCCGCAGGAGAGGGAAGAUCCGCCACCCUCUCCGCCGCCUUGUCUGUACCAUUAUCCACCCUGCGUGGACCUCCAGCGCCAGCCGUGGCAUCUUAUCGAGAGCCUUCUCCACCUGCUGAGGAGCAGCUGCAGACUCCAGAGCCGGUGUACGAUCUGCGGCACGUCCAAGACGACGACACGGUACUGGGACGGGGGACAUACCAAGAAGACUCGUUCGACUCGUUCGACGACUCACUCGACGAAGUCAACGACACCGCGCACCCGUCCGCCGCAUUCCUCAUGGCGUCAGCGCAGCGCGGGCCGAACGAUCUCGACGACUCGUUCGGCUCGUCGGAUAGUGGGGACUCGCUGCAGUACGCGGGCCCGCCGAUGGUGUUUGACGACGGCGUCGGCUUCGACUCAUUCGACGACGACAUGUACGACGACGAGGGACCGACGGAGACGCUCUUCGGCGCGCGCGGACCGCAGGGCAUGGACCAGUUGCAGCUGAGGAGCCAUGGGCUGCUGGAGGAAGAUACCAUUGGGGUAGGCCAGCAGAUGGCAAGGGCUGGCAGGAUUGCCCGGAGUCCCAGCCACGGAGCGGAGAACAUCGACAACGUCCCGAUGCUAGGACAAUGA